GGAGGCGGGGUCGCAGCUCAAGCCUCUUUGAGUCCAGCUCGCUGGCACGCUGUCCCGAGGGGGAAGAUGAGCGAGUUCACUGGAGAGUGCGCCCGGCUCCGGCGCUACCAUGAGCUCCCGGUGUGGGUGGUGGAAGACCAUCAGGAGGUUCUGCCCUUUAUAUACCGGGCCAUUGGCUCAAAGCAUCUUCCUGCAAGUAAUAUCAGUUUUGUGCAUUUUGAUUCACAUCCAGACCUCCUUAUUCCUGUGAAUAUGCCAGCUGACACUGUAUUUGAUAAGGAAACACUUUUUGGAGAAUUAAGUAUCGAGAAUUGGAUUAUACCUGCAGUUUAUGCUGGCCAUUUUUCCCAUGUAAUAUGGCUUCAUCCCACAUGGGCUCAGCAAAUCAGAGAGGGCAGACAUCAUUUUUUAGUAGGCAAAGACACUUCGACCACAACAAUCAGGGUUACAAGUACAGAUCAUUACUUUCUAAGUGAUGGUCUUUAUGUAACUGAAGACCAGCUAGAGAACCAAAAACCUUUACAAUUGGAUGUAAUUAUGGUGAAACCUUAUAAACUCUGUAACAAUCAAGAAGAAAAUGACACAGUGUCUUCUGCUAAGAAGCCAAAGCUAGCACUGGAGGACGCAGAGAACACUGCCUCUACUAAUGGUGAAUCUUGUUCAGAAGGACUGGAAGAUGACUCAGUGACACAGAGAAGAGACCAAACUUGUCUACAACCAUCAUGUUCAUGUUCUUCUGAAAGCCAAGAAUGCCACACUUCAGUCAGCACUGGAGAAAUCCUGAAAAUUUUGGAGAAAGGGGAUGCAUUUGUUUUAGAUAUUGACUUAGAUUUUUUUUCAGUCAAGAAUCCCUUCAAAGAAAUGUUCACUCAGGAGGAGUACAAAAUCUUAAAAGAGCUGUACCAAUUUAAAAAGCCUGGUACCAACCUGACAGAGGAAGAUUUGGUAGAUUGUGUUGAUACUCGAAUUCAUCAAUUAGAAGAUUUAGAAGCUGCUUUUGCCGAUUUGUGUGAUGGUGAUGAUGAAGAAACUGUACAGAAAUGGGCUUCAUAUCCUAGAAUGGAAUCACUAGUUCCACUGGUACAAAGUUUGAAAAAACGGAUGGAAGCGCCGGACUAUGAAAUGGUUCACCAGGCUGGUCUAACCUGUGAUUAUUCAGAACUUCCUCACCAUGUCAGCACAGAACAAGAAAUUGAAUAUCUUAUUCAAUCUGUGUAUUACGUUCUAAAAAAUUUGCCAAAACCUACUGUAGUGACAAUUGCAAGGUCAAGUCUGGAUGAUUACUGUCCUUCUGAGCAAGUUGACACCAUUCAAGAAAAAGUCAUCAGUGUACUACGCUCCCUCUAUGGGAGUCUAGACGUUCACCUGGUGUAUUCAGCAGAGUCCACUUCAUCUUGAAACAUCACAACGCUAGGCUCCUAUUAACAUCUUGAUGUAGUAACAGGGUUUUCAUUAACUUGUUUGCAAAUGAAUCUUCCAGAGAACACUUUGUUUUAAUAUUAACUUUCAUUUAAAAUCUUGCAGGUAUUUUGAAUCUCCGAACAGGUAUCACCAGUUGUUGAAUGAUGGCAGGGUUUUUUUGGCAUCAAGUCUACCCCCAGUUGAUGGAACUGAUGCUCAUCUUUCUUCCUGUCCAUCACUGUCAUCUUCACUUUUGUGAGGGUUUUUUUCCUCUUUUCCCUUCUUCCCCUUAGGUUGGUUGGACUGUAUGAGAUUUAUUCAUUUAUUCAUUCACUCACCCAACUGACAUUUUUUGAGCACAUUCAUCUGCCAGACAUAAUUAAGUGCUGGUUAUAUGGUAACAAACAGAAUAGACAAGGCCCCUGCCCUCUUGGUGGACAGCUGAGAAGCAAAUUAUGGAUUGUGAGACAUUUUAUGAAGGAAAGGAAAACCACAGACAUGUCUUAGGCAUGCUCUCAGUACUCAGGGCACCCUGGGCUUACAGGAAGGUAACAUUCUCAGAAGCUACUAGCAAAAUAAUGAUAAUAAUAAAAAAACUUGCCAGUCCAUGAAAAUGUUCUAGGAAGUCUACCUUUCCAAGACUUAGGAUUGUGGCCCAACUCUUAUGAAAUGCUCUCAGCAUUGUUGGUAUUGAGGGGGUCUAUUUGAGUAAAUUCAACCAAACAAAAAGUAACUUUUCUUCGCUAAUCAGAAAAACUCUCCAGGAUUUUUUGUUCCUCCAGAUGGUCAGAAUGGGUGUCAAUUACCAUUAUAUCAAUAGUUCCUAAGUGCCACUUUAUUGGCAGUCUGGGUUGAUAAUUUUUUCAAAUAAACCAGCUUUUUCUGUAAAUAGUAGGGAAAAGAAGUUAAGUCCUUAAUUCUGAUCUACCAUAAAUACCCAAGGACGUAACUGCCUUCCACCAGUCUCUCCAUGAGUAAGAGACGGUACCUAAGUCACUCUUGAUCAUGGAACUUUUCGUUUACUUAAUUUGCCGAAGUCUUCCUCUUUUCAGUAUUCCUCGUGUUCAGUAAUCAUUUUUAGCCACCUCCUUGGUUUCCUUUCCUUUAAAAGGUCAGGUGGCAUUUAAAGAAAAAAAAAAAUACAUCAAUCCUCAUUCCUAAUACAGCAGUCGUUUUCAUUUUUGCAUGUAGCUUUUAAGCCUUGACCACAGGGGUACAGUUGCAUGUAGCUAAAAUUAUAGUGUGUUACCUAACUUGAUGGCUAAUACCCAAGGUCACAUUGCCAUUGCCACUCAGUAGGUGGCACCAGAUCCUGUUUUUCCAAUGAUUCUAUUUUCUAGCAAACUUUUCUUGUCAUUAAGUUGAUCUCCCAAUGCUAAUAAGUAUAAAUGCUUAUUUCUGUUGUGAAAAGCAAAGCAAACUGAUUCAGCUUUCCAUUUUUGAUAGAACAUUAUGUGCCAAAAAGCUUUAUUUCCCUGUAAAAUCAGAAUGCAAAAUAGUGCUAUUGUUUAUUUUUUAAUUUUGAAAAAAUUUAUUAGAGUUCUGUAAAUGAUGUUACUUUUAUAAGUAAGUUAUUUUAUCAGCUAAAGUAAAUAAAAAGGUGUGUUUUGAGGUUUUAAAGAUUUAAAAGCAAACUGUAGCACUAAUUAAUUGUGUAUGAUCUUGGUGUGUUCAUAGCCUUGGUAAGUCUGGUUUAGUAGUCAUUUAUUACGAUUCCCAUGAACUCUGAUGAGAUUCAUCAUUGUUUUAACUCAGGUAGAAUAAAAGGGCAUCAAUUUCCUUUUUAGGAACAUUCAGAUCAUUUGGUUCUCAUGCUCUGUAAUUCUCAUUGAAGAAUAAAAUUCAGUCCCUACUUGUUGACCAUAACCAACUUAGUAAAUUAUGUCACUGCACAUUUCAAAUAGGAAGAUACUUAGUUUCUCAAGACAUCCUUCAUUUGUGUUCUAAGUGCCAAUGAGGAAUACCACAGUACCAUGCCUUGGAUUAUUUACAAGUAUCACUAAAGCAUGGGAUUUUGAGCAGCUUUUUUGGAAAAUGUGAAUUAAAUGUAAGAUUAGGCCAUACCUUUGAUAAUUGACAAGUACGUAUUUCCCAGUGUCUAGGGGGAAUUUUUUUUUAAAUCUCUAGAAGUGUUUCCUGUAGACAUCUAUCUGUAAGUGUUCUAGGUUCUCAAGGAGCUCUUAGUCAAGUCCUUCACUUUUUAUAUAACAUUCUCUCCAAAUCUUCCUUUGGUUUUAGCAGUAGUGGUCCCACAUUGCUGGCAAUAUAUGCGUUGUACUGCCAAUAGUUUACAGGAUGUUUCUUAGUAUAAGAUUAUCUCACCAAACUUAAGAGAAAGCACUUUCAUGAAACUUAGGGAGUUUUUGUUGGACAUCUUUCAGAAAUGCUCAAGAUACAUGAGGAUCACAUGUAAAAAUACUAUUGGGCUGUGCUGUACUACCUGGUCAUCCUGAGUUGCAACACUCUCUUGAAGUGCUUGUUUGUGAACUAACUGGUCCUGGACCGCCUCUGGUUUUGUAGGUCUAGCUGCCCUCGUGGAAUUCCAAACAUCAGUGCCAUCCUUUCCCUUUAUUCGUUAUUUGAGUUCAGCAAAUGAAGUUACAGUGACUAAGGAGGCUUCUGUGAACCUUGAUUCUUAGGAGAGAGUUCUCUGAACAGUGAAUAUUCUAGUCACUCACUGGAAAUUAGUAAGUUGGCAUUCUGUACAUUAGUAUCUUGUGAGUUUGGUUCCUGUGAUUCAGAAGCAGGAGCCCAUUUCAGAGGCUGAGGCAAGCCUCAGGGUGUACAGUGUCUCUUCCUUUGAAGACCUUCCUUGGUGACAUGUCAGCCAGCCUACAGCUACAGCAUUCCUACCAUGUCUCUAACUUCAAAACGUUCUUCACCAGCAAGCAGAUCUCUGAAGCUGAUGGAUCAGACAUCAGCACUGCUUAGAAGCCUUAGCACCCUAGCUGAUAAGAUCACGCCAGGAUCAAGACCAGAAGUGUCAUGACUGAAACAGAGCAGCGCAUCGUGGUAAGAGUGUGAACUUCCAAGGGCCACUGCCUGGCUCCAUUGCCCCCUUCUCCACGUUCCGGCUGUGUGACCUCAGCCUCAGCUUCUCCUUUGCAAUGAGAGAACUUAACACAUCAGGAUAUUGUGAGGAAUAACACAUAAUAAAGCCCUUAACACAAGAGCCAUUCAGCAAACAUUGGCUGUUAUUUCGAAACUCAGCCCUACUUAGAGUGUCCUGUGAUGGCUGUUCCAGGUCUCACCUGCUCUCCUGCCUUCUAAACCCCUGAUCUUUUUAAAUCCCACAUUAAGUUCAACUGUAUUUCUGUGAAUAGUGGAAUUUCACUUUCUUUAUUCAAAGAAGGCAGGUCCUUGCACAUAAGGAAAGAAGUAAUGGAGGAGGGCUUUUAAGCAGAGAUACUCAUAAUUUAAAACUCUUUUGUCUUGAAUUGGUGCAAGCAUCCAUUUAUUCACAAUUUUAAAACUUGUGCAAUCAGCGGGGUUAGGGAAGCCAAAGCCUGGCGCAGCAUUUUUUCCUCUGCUCUUCCCUUCCUGCCUGCUGGUAGAUAACACUAGAAUUUAUGGGGCUAAACCUGUGAUGUAGACAAUGUCUAGAAGUUGCUACCCCCAUACUUAUAAAUUACCUUCAUAGAAUCUAGAGUUAUCCUUACCAUUUUUUACGUUGCUGAUUUAUUUAUAGGUGACCUCCAGCAAAAAAGUCCCUCAUGAAUCAACCAGAGCAUGACAGGGAAGUGGGGUAGAGUGAGUAUCUCCAAGCAAUUCACUAUCAUUUCCAAACCCUCCACAAGUGUUCCCUUCAUCUGGGCCUCAGUCUUACCACGGAGCAGCCUCCGCUGUGGAAGGGUAAGGAAAGUGGAAUCGCUCGAGAAGGGGGAACGCCUCUGUCAGCUUGGUCCAGUAAGGUUUUGGAGCAGCCUGUCAGACGUGACCCUGAGCACUCAGGGAGGGCGAGACAGGGCUGAAGUCAGAGUUGGAGCCAGGUUUGAAGGCCAGCUUUUCGGACAGAAUCUACCCUGGGAACUGUACAGCAGCACCGUCUACCCUCUGCAGCAUUGCCCCGCCUGGAACAGACCUGGGUAAUAAGGGCACCAGCGUCACAGAGUGGCACCUGAGGCACUGGUGGCUUUGAAAUCAGUCCAAGUUCAAACUCUACCUCUGCCAGUUACAAGUUAGGUGAACUUGGGCAACGUAACUUGUCAGAGUCUUUGCUUUAGGCAUGGUUCGAGGCCUUCCCCAUGUCCCUAGAGGUCUCCUUACUGUGCUCCAGCGUCACACAGUAGUCAGCUGUUCACAUCUGUCCUCCCCGGUAGACGUGGGCCCCUGACUGCAUCAUCAUACGUCUUUAUAGCCCCAGGCUCUGGCAUAGUCACUGUCAUAUUAUAAAGCCUCAAAAAAUGUUUAAUGAAUUGAGUACAGAAAAUACCAGUGGUCACUGGAGUUCUGACAGUAAUAAACCUUACUAUGUGCUCUGUAUUAUAUAACCUCUUGCAAGCAUGCUGUCUCUGAGAGCAAAUUGAACAAAUACAGGUAUUAAUAUAGGAACAAACGUUUACUAAGGACUGGAUGUGUUAAGCACGUGAGCCCAAAAGAGCUAAAAGAUAAUACCUGUAAUCUAAUGAUUGUGUCCAUAGAAUAACUUUGUUAGAAACAAAAGAAAGGCAGUCGUGUCAGUUUUACAGCUUUUGUGUGAUCUUUUCUCUUACAGAUAAAACCUGAUAACCAUGUUCCACAAUGCUUAUGUCAGCAUGACAUAAAAAUCCAUGUAGUUUGAUUUUCUGCCUAAAAUUCAAAUCUAAUAUUUGACACUAGCGUCCAAAAACCGUAGAUACGAACUUUUGGUCCCUAAAAAGAAUAUCGCUCUUAGAACAUAGCUUUGCUGGUUCUCAGAGGGUAACACUAUUCAUCACUUCUGAUUUUCUUUCCAUAUGGAGUCACCUUCCGUUACAGUCCUGACCUUGCUCUGCCCUUUUACUCACUCCUCCCCAGGCAAGGAAGAGUGAAACAAGGGAAUUCUAGGAUGCCUUCUUAUCGAAGUAUGUUCUGCUCUGCCCUUCCAUGCCAGAAGUUUGUAAGAACAGGCACGGUUGUCCAGUGGUGCCAGUGGAUGGCAAAGUCUCUAUAUCUCUGGGGUGCGAUGUAGGAAACAAGUUGUUGCUACAGAUUUAAGCCUUGUUCUCUACUAUCAGCUUUCUCAAUAAUGAUGACACUUUUACCUCCAUCUGGCUGAAUACCUGAGCCUGUUUCUAAGUUGCUUAGGAGCUUAGUGGAGAAUGGUGAUGUUAUUGACCCUCCUCAAACCCCAACUUGACAAUGCUUAUUUGUUAAAUAGUAUGGAAAGUUUAUAAAUGUGGGUAGCUCUUGGAAUUCCAAUCCAAAAGGGGGACGGACAUUCUCUGACCAUUCUGAAUAAACUGACAACAUACCUUCUCUUUAUACAGUCUGUUUUUCUGCUAUUGCAGUAUAGACAU